AUGCACAUAAUACUGUCAGUUUCUCAUAGUCAGAGUAGGAAGGAAAACACUGAAGUCAAAGAAUUGAUUUUACCAACUGCGUUAUGCAACCUGGUAUUUGUUCCCUCCUUAUACAGAAUUUGGUUGUUUCUUGAUACAAAAUAUUUGCUGUGUGACAUUUGUCAAGCUAGUCUCAUUUGCUUUCAAUCAAAAUUCAAUUGCGUUAAAAUCAAUUGGCUAAAUAAACCUGAUUUUGGUUUUCACAUCACUGAGGAACGAAGCUGCUCUUCUCUUGCAUCAAGAAUUGCGGCUGGUUUACUUAAUCAGUUUUUGUCAUUUGAAGAUGUUAAUGACCCAUGGAAAGGGUUAUUGAAAUACGAUCCUUUUUGUAGAACUCGCGCAAAAAGGCAGGAUAAGAUUACUUUAGAGAAAGAUUUAAAUUACAAUGUCAAAGUAUUUUGCAUUUUACAUCCACUCCGAUUCUUAAGUAAUUUAAUUUUACGCAAUAAACUGCAUCUAAGAUGGGAUCCGAAUAGAUUUCUCGUUGUUCGAUUUUCCAAAAUAAAAGUGCUGUUAAAAUUACUUAUUAUCAUGUCAUUGACAACAUGCUUUCUUUGGUCUUCUAUGGAAAACCGUAAUUUCCUUUAUUUGGAAUUAGGGUUAAAACAGGACAAUUUUCUGCAUAGCAGUUUCCUUUUUUUAAAAGAAUCAGAAACUACAAGAUAUCAUAAAUGUGAGAAGUCAUUUGUUGAAUAUAAAAGAGAAUGUAUCUGGAUUCAAGUAUUGAAUCCAUGCAAAGCUGAAGACUAA